AUGUUGGACGAGCGCCGCAGCUAUCAAAGUUCCAGGAGCCGCGCCAGCGUGAUGACCACAUCGUCGCCAUCCUUCAAUCGGCCGACAGUCACAGAACUGAUGCACUUGCGAGAACAAGAGCUGCUGCGCAGAAAACAAGCAAGUCGCGCGAAAAGAACGAGAGAAGAUGAGGACAAAAUGAACGGCACUACGUCCUCCGAACACCAGCAAGAAGAGGCGCAUGAUAAAGAAGAACCCUGGUGCCCACCUCCGUCCUCGCCCUACUUCGACGGUCCAAACCCAG